AUGUCCACGGAGACAAGAAAGGACCCGCCUUUGAGUGGGGCUCCGUCCUUGAGCAAUGCACCAGAUUCAGCAUCGCAGGAUCAAAUCGCUCCAGAGCCGCCAUAUAGCAUCUUCGACAAAAGGCAAAAGUGGUUAAUCGUGGCCUUAGUUUCUACAGCAGCGACCUUCUCGGGAUUUGCGUCAAAUAUCUACUUCCCAGCUCUACCGACAAUCGCGGAUGACUUGAACGUAUCGCUGGAGCUCGUCAAUCUUACGGUCACAUCCUAUCUCAUCUUUCAAGGAAUUGCGCCUAGUCUUUGGGGCCCUGUAUCGGAUGUCAGGGGCCGACGAGUUGCUUACGUCGGUACCUUUAUCGUUUUUAUCGGCGCGUGCAUCGGGCUGGCAGAAACGAAGAAUUAUGCCACCUUGAUCGUGCUCCGAUGUCUUCAGAGCACUGGAAGUGCCAGUACCAUAGCCAUUGGCUCCGGUGUUAUUGGUGACAUUACCACCCGUGCAGAGCGCGGAGGCUUCAUGGGAAUUUUCCAGGCCGGACUCUUGGCGCCUGUUGCCAUCGGGCCGGUCAUAGGUGGCGCUUUGGCUGGCUCACUGGGUUGGCGAUCCGUAUUCUGGUUUCUGAUGAUCUAUGCUGCUGUGUUCCUGCUCAUUCUCAUCUUUUUACUGCCUGAAACACUCCGAUCCAUAGUCGCCAAUGGUAGCGUUUUGUCAUCUAACCCAAUGACACGCUUUCCGUUGCAGACAUAUCAAAAGCUUUCAAAGGUGGAAACCGACCCGGAUACUCCGCCCCCUCAGCUUGCUGCUAAAAAGCACGUUGAUAUAUUCGGCCCUUUUCGUAUCCUUAUCAGCAAGCAAGCUGCUCCGAUCAUUCUUUUCCUCGCUAUUUACUAUGCCGUAUGGCAGAUGAGUAUCACGGCCAUGUCAUCGCUAUUCAAGGAUCGCUACGGCCUCACCGAGAUCCAGAUCGGUCUCACGUUCAUUGCAAAUGGCGUUGGGUCUAUCAUUGGAACACUAAUAACUGGAAAAAUACUCAAUAUCGACUACGGUCGUGUCAAAGCAAGUUUCGAGACAAGAGUCUCUGCCGAUGUUGAAGAAGAAAGCGCGCUAUCCCGCUCAAAGAGCAACCAGGAAGAUUUUCCCCUUGAAAAGGCUCGCCUCCGACUUGUACCGGUUUUCUCGGUGCUUCAAUGCCUGUCACUCCUUCUGUUCGGGUGGACAAUUCAGUUUCCUCACCGGGUUCAUAUCGCAGUUCCAAUUGUGUCCACUUUCAUUACUGGCUGGACCGCCGUCUCGAUGCAAUCUGUUAUCAUGACCUACCUCGUUGAUGUUUAUCAUGACAAAAGCGCCGGGGCUAGUGCGAGCCUUAAUUUAGCGCGAUGCUUGUUUGCCGCUGGAGGCACAAGUAUAGUCAAGCCACUGAUCAAUGCCGUUGGCGUUGGCUUGACUUUUACCAUUUGUGCCAUUGUCCAGGUCGUCGCAUUGAUUGGUCCGCUGAUACAGUGGAAGUUUGCGGCUGGAUGGAGAAAGAAGGCCGCAGCGCGGGACGUCCAGGAUGCGUGA